ACACCCAGCCCUCCAUCCACCAUCCAUGCAACUGGACACUUACAGGAACCACCACACCACCACCACCAUCUGAUGAUACCGUGACUACCACUUUCAUCACCCGCGCGUGAUCUAACUCCCAACUCCUCAUCGCCCUCCUCUCCGCUCCUCUCUAUAAAAAGCAUUUAAAAUUUUGUUCUUCAAUUUAUUUUUUUUCUGGUCCCUGGAAACAGAAAGGGCAAAACCAAAACCAACCCUUGCACACAGUAACAACUGUGACGUUCCCUCCCCUUCUUCAUCGCAUGUUCUCGGAGCUCCGGCUCCCUUGACGGAGCCCCAGCUCAUUGCCUAUCCAUUAUCUCCAUAUUAUCCGAUUGCAUACGCUAACGAUCUCUUCACUUCCUCGUUUUCAUUUCUCAGAUCUUUAAUUUGAUUUUUUAUUUUGCUGUUAACCAAUGUCUAAUAAGGCUUGGGGCCCCAUCGGCAACUGGGCCGCCGAUGUCGAGCGUGAGGAGCAGGAAGCGGCUGCCGCCGAAACCGCCGCAACUUCCGGCGGCGCUUCCGCCGAGUCUCAGAACUUCCCCAGCCUCAAAGAGGCCGUCAGUGCCAAGCCUAAGAAGAAGAAAAUGUCUCUCAACGAGUUCUACUCCUCUUCCGGUGGCUUAGGUGGUGGUCGCGGGGUAGAAUCUAAAGGCUUAACUACUGAUGAGAUGCUUCGGCUUCCUACUGGUCCGCAAGAACGUUCCCCUGAGGAAACGCAGUAUGGCCGUCGAGGUGGCGGGUUUUCCAAUUAUGGGCGGACUGGUCCACCUCCAGGUCGUAUGCGUGACCGCGAUGACACCGAUGGGUCAUGGGGAGGUGGUAGAAGGCAGUAUGGUGGAUUUGAUGAAGAACGAAGGGGUGCACCUCCUAGGGUUUCCGACUAUGAUCAGCCCUCGCGAGCGGAUGAGGCUGAUAAUUGGGCAGUGACAAAAAAGCCACUCCCUUCAUUUGAUUCUGGCCGCCAAAAUCGUUACGGUUCGCUCGGUGGUGGUGGUGGUGGUAUGGGAGGUGGUUCUAGGGCUGAUGAGGUUGAUAAUUGGGGCAGUGCUAAAAAACCUCUUCCUGCUAGAUCUACUUUUGGUUCGGGUUUUCGAGAUUCAGGACCUGAGCCUGAUCGGUGGACAAGAGGAGGAUAUCGUGAGCCGGAGCGGGAGAGGCCUAGAUUGGUUUUAGAUCCUCCGAAAGCUGAUGUAGGUGCUAAUGAGUCGGUUAAAACAAAUAGGUCAAAUCCAUUCGGAGAAGCGAGGCCGAGAGAACAGGUGUUGGCAGAGAAAGGCUUGGAUUGGAAAAAGAUUGAGAUGGAGUUAGAAGCUAAGAAGACGAGCGCACAUUCAAGCAGGCCCACCAGUGCACACUCGAGCAGGCCUUCAAGUGCGCAUUCCGCCAGAUCGGAGGGGCCGGGGCUGCAGCAGGGAUUAGAGAAUUUGGUAUUGAAGCCAAGACCAAAAGUGAAUCCCUUUGGGGACGCAAAGCCUAGGGAAGUGUUGUUGGAGGAAAGAGGUCAGGAUUGGCGGAAGAUUGAUCUUGAAUUGGAGCAUCGCAGUGUUGACAGGACUCCAACACCGGAGGAGAAGUUGUUGAAAGAAGAAAUAGAGCGUUUAAAGGAGGACCAGAAAUCUCUGCAAGGGCCUGGUGAAGACCAACCUAAUUUGCAAGAUAUAAUAUCUCAGAAGGAAAAGGAAUUAGAACAUCUCACCCGUGAUUUGGAUGACAAAGUUCGAUUUGGGCAGAAAGCCAUUGAAAGGCCGGGUUCUGGGACAGGCAGGUCUGCUAGUUUCUCUGAGAGACCACCUUCUCGAUCUGGGUCUUUUGAUGAGUCUAGAAGUAUAGAGUACACGGACAGGCCUCAAUCACGUGGCACACAAGAUAUAUGGACAAGGCCUGGUGAUGACAGAAGACAAUUUCAAGGUGGCAGGGAAAGAGAAUUUGUUGGUAGCAGAGACUUUGACAGGUCAAGGUCAAGGGAGAAAUGGUGAGCAACUGAUACUGUAGAUAUAUUGAGUUCUCUCUUCAACUUUUGAUGACCAGAGCCAAAUAAUAUUUUGCCAAUCUUUUUUUUUUUUUCCUUAAUUGUUCUCUUGUUUUUGCUCUGGUAAAUGGAGCAAAGGAUAAUGAGUAAUAGCAUUGGGAACGCUUGUGUUAUUCUAUUGCUGCAUUUUGACUAUGUAAAAUUUCAUUUUUCCCCUUCUUUGUUCUGUUUUGAAACAAGCCUGUAUUAUUUGGUAGGGACUCAAAUUUUAAUGACCAGUUAAACAUUAGGGGACUCGCUAGUUUAUUUUUGUGAUGAUCAUUUCAAGUGUUACACAGUUAGCUUCUGUUUCUGUUGUUCUUACAAGGAAGGAAGCUACUUUGCUUGA